CUGACAGUGGGCGUGGCCGGUGACGCGGCGUGUUUGUGCAGCCGAGCAGCCGACAGGCGGACGGACCUGCCAGACCUUCAAACCGUCAACUUCACACGUGUGGCAGUGUCACGCUUGCCUGGGUGCAAUGUUCCUCUGGUACACAUGAGCUCUACUAUGUGGUACAUCAUGCAGAGCAUUCAAAGUAAAUACUCCUUGUCUGAGAGGCUCAUCCGAACCAUUGCAGCCAUCCGCUCAUUUCCCCACGACAAUGUAGAGGAUCUUAUCCGUAAGGGAGCUGAUGUGAACCGGAUGCAUGGCACGCUCAAACCCCUGCACUGUGCCUGUAUGGUUGCAGAUGCAGACUGUGUGGAGCUGCUGUUGGAGAAGGGUGCAGAGGUGAAUGCUUUGGAUGGGUAUAACCGCACAGCAUUGCACUAUGCUGCAGAGAAGGAUGAGAACUGUGUCGAGCUACUGUUGGAGUAUGGGGCUCAGCCAAAUGCCCUGGAUGGCAACAAGGAUACUCCGCUGCACUGGGCUGCCUUUAAAGAUAACCCAGAGUGUGUGAGGGCCUUACUGGAAAGUGGGGCCUUUCCCAAUGCCCGUGACUACAACAAUGACACACCUUUGAGCUGGGCGGCAAUGAAGGGCAACCUGGAGAGUGUCAAAGUUCUGUUAGACUACGGAGCCCAAAUCCAUGUGACCAAUCUUAAGGGACAGACCCCUAUCUCCCGACUUGUAGCCCUGUUGGCCCGGGGCCUGGGCACUGAGCAGGAGGAAGAGUGCUUGGAGCUGCUGUGCCGAGCAGCUGGGCGGUUUGAGAUCAGGCGGGCUGAUGGCACCCUUCCUAGAGAGCUAAGUAAAGAUCCCCAGCUGCUGGCCCGGCUGACUAGCAUGGUGGCUCAGGCUCCAACGCUUCGCUCUCUAGCCCGCUGUGCUGUACGGCAGAGUCUUGGGGCACAAUUCCUCCCCACUGCUGUGAAAGAGCUUCCUCUACCAGAGACCAUCAAAGACUAUCUACUGCUGAGAGACUGAUCACCAUCCCUGUGUUCUCAGACCUCACUGGUUGAUGAUUAAAUGGUUCGCCACACUGCAGUUCUUGAAGAAUUGUCUCCACUUAGUCAUAGGAUGCUGUCUGAUAGUGGGCUUCAUUUAUCAAACUUUUCUGCAGAUUGAUACAAAGGUAUACACUGAGAAAAAGAGCAAAACUUACUUUUUUAUUAUUAUUUUGUAAAUGUACAACUACAUUAAUAGUAAGAUUGAUCAUUUUUGAUUAGUUUUUUUUAUAUGAAUAUAAAGUUUGCCUCUGUAUAUUUUCCAUUACACAACUCCAGGUCUUUUAAAGGAAGUCUGGUAGCACAGAGAAAAUGUAAUAUUUGGUUUGUUUAGCUUCACAAUAGGAAAGGACCUAGAUGAAACAAGACUGGUCCAGUCAUUCAAAUAAUUUAAAUAUUCUUAUGAAGAGCCAACACUUCUUUAAAGGGUUUGUCCAAGUUCAUUAAUAUUAAGAUUUAAUUUGCCAAAUUGACUGCAAGUCAGAUUAUGACCCUUUCAGAAAAAAUACAAUAAGGUAAUCAACAUGUUGUGAGAGUUUAUCAAAAAGAAAGAGCUUACUUUAAAAUGUUAAAUCAUGUCGUAAGAUAAAGCUAAUGUCUAAUGAAACAGGCUGUCCACUAAUUGUGUGGGAAGGUACACUUCCUCUUGUCAUCCGAGGCAAAGUUUGUAUGAUGUUUUUGAGUAGCCAACUAUUUGUCAGUAAUGCCUACAAAGGGGGAAAAUGAAAUUAGAAAAUAAAAUGCAUUGAAAUGUUUAAGGAGUAACUAAAAGAAUUUGUGCCAGAUAGGAGUUAUUUUAUUUAUUUUGCAGAAUAUUGUCAUUGGUUUCAUGCUGAAAAAAUCUCGACAUGUCUUCUUGUCAUUUGUGAUUCACUACUUUUUUCUGGUUUAUUUUAUUGAAUAGUGCAGCACUGGUUGCAAGAGACAACAAAGGUAUUUUCAUUUUCCAAUUUUCCAAAAAGUUUUUUUUUUCAACCCUCCUUUUUUUUUUUCUUUUUUUUUUUACAAUGAUAUUUCUAGUCUUAAAAGGUCUAGGUUGUCAAAGGUGCUCACUGGUUCAUAAUUAAAAUCACUUUAUUUUAAAUUAAUUUUUUUAAAUGUUAAAAUUAUGAAAUGGUGGAAUUACUAAGUUUUGUCUAUUAAAGAGCCACUAAAUCAGCUUGCUAAAUAUGUAUUAGAGAUCUAAUAAGUGACCGUUGCUGUGCUUAAUUUUGUUUGCCUGUUCUGCAGAAGUUUUAAAAAAGGAAAGAAAAGAAACGUCUUGUGUACAACAACAAAGGUGCUUUUUUUCUUUAUGUAUUGCAAUUAAAUGCCUUUAUAUUCUC